AUGUUGAUUCCCAAGGCCGACCGCAAGAAGAUCCACGAGUACCUCUUCCGCGAGGGUGUCCUCGUCGCGAAGAAGGACUACAACCUCCCCAAGCACCCCGAUAUCGACACCAAGAACCUCUUCGUCGUCAAGGCUUGCCAGUCCCUCACCUCCCGCGGCUAUGUCAAGACCCAGUUCUCUUGGCAAUACUACUACUACACCCUGACCCCCGAGGGUCUCGACUACCUCCGCGAGUGGCUUCACCUCCCCGCUGAGAUCGUUCCUGCCACCCACAUCAAGCAGCAGCGCUCCCACGCUCCUCCCCGCGGCAUGCUCGGCGAGGGCGAGCGCGAGAGAAGGCCCUUCGGCGGCCGUGGCCGUGGCGAGCGCGGUGACCGUGAGGGUGGCUACCGCCGCCGUGAUGCUGGCGAGGGCGGCAAGGAGGGUGGUGCCCCUGGUGGAUUCGAGCCCCAGUUCCGUGGUGGCUUUGGCCGUGGCCGUGGCGCUCCCCCCUCGUAA